AUGUCUCCAUUGCCGACAUCGAUCGUCUCAUUCCCCCCCGAGAUCUUUUAUAGAAUCUGCCAUUACCUUGAUCGGAACAGCUUGCUUGCCCUCGCCCUUAGCAGCAAGCCUUGUGAUGAUUUGUGUAGACCGUUUCGAUUUCGCACAAUUUCAAUUCAUCACUCCGAUCCGCAAAGGCUUGUCCAGGACGUCGAGCUGUGGAGUGGCAGAGUUGUCGGGAUCGAUCGUAUUCAUGUCCAUGAGUUGAUCAUCGAGGGAUGGAUAAGCACCAUCAAAUAUCCAGACCACGACCACUGGACAUCUCUGGCCGAGUUUGUUCGCGAGCUACCCAAUCUAUCUACCGUGACCUGGGACAGCAGCAAUCAUUUCCCGCCGUCUCUUCUGACAACUUUGCAAGCCCAUCUUCCUGCAUGCAAGGUCGAUCUGAAACGAUUCUUAUUCAGGCUGGAGCCUGUUGAUCGUGUCCUUGACCCAGACGACUUCACCCUAUUGACUUCACCCAGUCUCCACAGCAUUGCGACGACCGGUUCGCGCUUUCACCCACGCUCCCGCCGCGAGAACUACACCAAUAUGGCUCUAUUUGAUAUAGUAGAGCGGAACCCAAGCUUGAAGAAAGUAACCAUUCGAUGGGUACGUGCUAUGAACCGUCCUGGGCUGGUACGAGCAUAUCAAUCACCAAGGCCACCCUGGGAAGGAUUCAAGAACAUUGACAUUGAUACGCCUAAAUCACCGUCUCGAGCCCUAGCUUUGGAAGAAUUCAAGAUGGUGGGGAUUGGUUGGGACGAGGAAUUCGAGUAUUACAGCGAACACUUCGACUUGUCCAAGCUCCAGACAUUGAUUACCUGGGAACUACAUCCGAUAAUAACUGGCGAGACCGAUCGCAGACCAAAGUUGGACUCGCUCAAGAAACUCAAAACGCGGAUGAUAGAUCCAGAUCUGGAAUCAGGUACACUAUCAUCGGAACAGGUUGACCGUUACAAUUCAUUCAUCCAUAGCCUCCCACCUCUGUCUGAGCUCAGUGUCAAGGGCAACGCCGUGCACCCGAGCACCAUUGACGCCAUCAUCUCGCGCCACGGUGGUUCGCUCGUCAAGCUCCAGAUUGAACCUCUGUAUAGAUGGGUUCCACUUUUUCAGGCUGGCUUGGGCGACAUGCUUCGUUUUCGAACUGCUUUCACCCAGCUCACGGAGCUGGCCUUACCGAUACGACACUGCCGAGGUCACGAGACCGAAGCUGCAAUUUACACAACAUUAGGCAGCUUGCCAAAGCUCCAAACGAUAACCCUCCACCUUGACGACGAGGGAGCCAAUGAUAUAUCAUUGGGAGAGUGGGAACAACAGUACUUUGGGUUUGGUGAAAGCCGUUGUCCACGGAAUGGCCAGCUCAAAGAUACGCUCAUGAAUAGCGUCAACAUGGAUGAGGAGACCUUGGCGAGGAGCAUCUUCGAGUGCAUUUCGUCGGCCAAAGGUCUUCGUUCCUAUCCACUUGAAGAGUUGACUUUAUUACCCACCCGUGGCAGGCAGACUAGGGAUUAUGGUCAUGGCCCCCCAAUCGAGGGACUUGGGACCAUCAUUGAACAUAAUUUAAAAUGGAAAUGGAAGCUCAAAAGGGGCGAACGUGAUGAUCAAAGACACAUAGUGUUCGCGACGGCGAUCGACAAGCCUAUCGAGAAGAAGCAGGUCCUCCAGCAGGAGCAAACGUGA